UCCGUCCGUCUUCGCAAAUGGAAGAACGGUGACCAGUUCCUCCCCCUCGUUGCUCGUCUCCACGUCGUCUUCUCUCUCUCUUUCUCUCUCUCUGUGAUUCACAUGCAUCUUCAUGCUCGUGCGUGCACACACGCGAAAAUGGAAGAUUUUCCAAAUCCGUCUUUUUUUCUCUCCCCUCCUUCCCACGAAUUUCUCGCCACAACUGUCUUCACAACCAGCAGCAAUAAUAGUAAUACCAACCUCCAUUCCUGCACCGGCAAUGUCCCCAAUCCAAGACCACCUCAUUUUCUUAUCCAAACCGCCAUUUUCUAUUUCUUUCCCUACAUUCCUCUCCUGCAUUUGUUCGUCUUCUACAGCGGGAAGAGAUCGAGGAAUUUGAUCGAUUGGAAUGGACUCGAGUGAAUGAAACUUGUGAUUCGCCGAUCGAACAAGCUAGGGAGGCAUUUUGCCAGGUUUUGGUCGAGGAAGCGGAUUCCCGUCCGGUUUGUCUCUUAGAAUCUUCUAAAAAUGAGCUACAUGUCAUCAGAAGGAACAUGCGAACAUAAGAAAAUAGAUCUGACUGCCGAAAGUAUUACCAAAUCAACCUCUAGCCAACCAGAUGAUCCUAAACAAGAGCAAACAACAAAACCCGCUGUCAAUUUAAAUCGUAAUUUGCCAUGCGGACCUGAACAUAUGGAUCAAAUUCCCAAAAGUUAUGCGAAUUCAGAUGGCAAUCCAUGCCCAGUUCCAACUCCAAGGAUGCCCAUCACUGACAGUAACUCAACUUCCAAACAGGACCUAGUUGAAAAGGCUGCCAAUUCUGCAACUAACCCAAAUAUGUUUCCGAAUUCUGAACUCCCAAUAGCAAGACCAAAAGGAGCAGCAGCAGCUACUCUAUCAAGUGUGACAGCAAGUGACCCUAAAGGUAUUCCACCAGUCAGCAAUUUUGACAGAGGGACUGGCAAUGCCACACGUAGUGACAGCACAGAGAGCUCCAGUGGACACCUUAGGCCCCACACUGGUGGUGAUGGUCAUUGGGAUGCAAUUAACUUGGCUUCUUCCAGAGAUCCCCCUCUUGGUCUCAGCCACUUUAGGCUCCUAAAACGGCUUGGAUAUGGAGAUAUAGGAAGUGUCUACCUUGUUGAGCUCAGAGGAACCAAUACCUACUUCGCCAUGAAAGUCAUGGACAAGGGGUCUCUUGCCAGUAGAAACAAGCUUCUUCGAGCUCAAACAGAGAGGGAGAUUCUUGGUCUUCUUGAUCACCCAUUUCUGCCUACUUUGUAUUCAUAUUUUGAGACUGACAAGUUCUAUUGCUUGGUCAUGGAGUUCUGUAGUGGAGGUAAUCUUCACACUCUUCGUCAAAAGCAACCAAACAAGUAUUUUACAGAGGAAGCUGCUAGAUUUUAUGCAUCAGAGGUGCUGUUGGCACUGGAGUAUCUGCACAUGCUGGGAAUUGUGUACAGGGAUCUGAAGCCAGAAAAUGUGCUAGUAAGAGAUCAAGGUCAUAUCAUGCUAUCUGAUUUUGAUCUCUCACUUCGCUGCUCUGUUUGCCCAACACUUGUCAAGUCCUCAUCGGUACUUGUAGGCAAUGGCGGUGGUGGCAUUUUGGAUGAGGAGAAUACAGUCUAUGGUUGCACCCAACCCUCAACUUUUCUCCCGCGCAUCCUACCUUCAAAGAAGAACCGCAAAUCAAAGUCAGAUUUUGGCCUCCUAGGUGGGGGAUCUCUCCCGGAACUAAUGGCAGAGCCCACCAACGUGAGGUCAAUGUCGUUUGUUGGGACCCACGAAUACCUGGCCCCGGAGAUCAUACGUGGAGAGGGUCAUGGCAGUGCAGUGGACUGGUGGACGUUUGGCAUUUUCCUGUACGAGCUAUUGCAUGGGACAACCCCUUUCAAAGGGGCAGGAAACCGCGCCACACUUUUUAACGUUGUAGGCCAGCCGUUGAGGUUCCCCGAGAGUCCGCAGGCGAGUUCUACAGCUCGUGAUCUUAUAAAGGGGCUCUUGGUAAAGGAGCCCCAGAAGCGAAUCGCGUACAAGCGGGGCGCGACAGAAAUAAAACAACACCCUUUCUUUGAGGGUGUGAACUGGGCUUUGGUGAGGAGUGCCAUGCCUCCCCACAUACCAGAUCCUGUAGACUUUGGGCGUUUUGCUAGUAAAGAGACGGGCCAAGGCGACAAGAAAAUGACGGACAUUGGAGCUGCUAAUAAUGCUCAUGUAAACCAAAAUAGUUCUGAUGAUUCUUCGUAUGUUGAUUUUGAGUACUUUUAGGAAAUUUGACCAUAUUGAUGAUGAUAAUGUAUAUUUUUCCAAGUGAAAUAUAUGUCACACAAAGAGCAAAAUCACAUAUCAACAUGAUUGUGAUUUUGCUGUGUCUGUACUGAAGAAAGCUUUUUAUACGUUACUUUUUGCAGGGUGUUUUCACUUCAUUUUCUCUUCUCCUUUUUUCUGUCCGUAUAAUUUCAUGUAAGACGUGGCUUUUGUCCUUCUCUUUGUAGUUGAGG